AUGGCGGCCGCCAUUUUGAAACUGGAGGAGACCCGCGGAGGCGGGGAGAAAUGUGAUAAGAAUCAAGGAGUGAAAGGAAGAAGAUUUAUGAUUUCCCGGAGCCACCCCUCUCUUCGAGCGGGCCCGGCGAAUGGUAGAUCCCGAGGCCACAGCUUCCGCCGGCGCUGGUGGCUGGGUUCACCGCUGCCCUUGGUCGUGGGGGUCGUUGUUGGCUCUGAGGCCGCAGCAUUCAUGAUGAACGUACUUCAGAUUGUGCGUGACCACUGGGUACAUAUACUUGUCCCUGUGGGAUUUGUCUUUGGAUGUUACCUCGACAGAAGGAGUGAUGAAAAACUAACUGCCUUCCGGAACAAGAGUCUAUUAUUUAAAAGGGAGUUAAGACCCAAUGAAGAAGUCACCUGGAAGUAAAGGCUGUGGCUGAAUUGCAGAACAUUCACAUUUUUAAGUUAUGAGAGAAAUAAAAACAGUCAUUAUUUAAUUUGAA